GUUUGCAAAACUACAGCAGGAGCCGGUUUUCUUGAGCAACACCUUCGUCGGUGUUAUAUAUUAUAGUUUUUCUGCGAAGAUAUAAUAGGGGAACGAUAAAAUUACCGAUCAAAACACGUUUUACCGCAGGUUUCGAGCUAUAAGUAUAGGUGUGACUGCGAAACUAUAAUUUCAUCCGUUCGAUGAGAAAAUUAAUAUGCAGAAUGCAAUGAGUGUAUAGCGUGACUGUCGGUCACAUCAUAUCGAUUAUAACCGAUUAUCUUCAUAUCUGCAUAAUAAAGGAAAUUUCCGACUAUCGUGUGAUAUAUUUUGUUGAAACUUGUAAUUCCAUCGCAGAAUAUUAGAUACAUGUAACGUUUCGGAUAAUUAUGCUUGGGAAUCUCUGGCGGAUUUCGGAUGGGGAAAUUCGUGGUCAAAAAAUGAUGUAACGACUAAUUAAACAACGGCUUUCAAUCGAGAGCUGAUGAAUUCUGGUAUAAAAACUGGAUUCGUCUACGUUCCCAACGAGAGCUUGAAUAUGCGCCAAAUUCUGACCGUCAACUAUUACAAACUCGGCGUUGUCUUGGACUUGGACUGUCCGGGGAGCCGUUUGGUUCUUGAUCAGUUUACGGAACAAAACAUCCCCUUCAACGAGUCCUACUCUUGGCUCCUCGUUACGAACCAGACGAUGCCGAGAACUUUACUGAGCACGCUGCCUCUUACAAUCGAAACCGAGUUGGUCGUUGCUCUUGUCGUAGCAAACGACAUUUUCGAACUCUACGAUGUUUACAACCCGAGUUAUCGACACGGGGGUGAUCUAAACGUGACUUAUAUGGGACAGUGGGAUGUGCAACAAGGUCUGACCGUCAAUUUGACGCAGUACAAGUACCAACGACGUGGCGAUCUUCGCGGACUUUCCCUCAACGUCUCGAUCGCUAUCACUCAUACUCCUACUCCAGACUUCAUGACGUACAUAACGUAUCCCAUUAACCGGCACCUGGAUACGAUGCACCGUUUCAAUUACGCCCUGGUUUGUCAGCUGCGUGACUCUUACAAUUUCAAGAUGAAUUUGAUGAAAGCCACUUCGUGGGGAUAUCUCAUGGAGAACGGUUCGUUUAACGGAAUGCUUGGUGACAUGAUUGCUGGCAGAGUUGAUAUUGGCGCAACGCCUCUGCAGUUCAAGGAAGAACGAAUCGACGUCGCCGAAUUUACAGUUCAAACUUGGCUGGCGAGACCCUGCUUCAUAUUUCGCCAUCCAAAGAAAAACACAGUUCGCAACGGUUUCCUUCGGCCCUUCGCGCCCAACGUUUGGAUACUCACGAUACUGACGGCCUUUGUGUGCUGGUUUCUAUUGUACAUUACAGUGAAGGUAGAACCUUGUUUGACUCACCGUACGGCCGAAACUACCCUCGAUAUUCACGCUGCUUCGGAGACUGCUCUGAUAGUUGCCGCCUCUUUGUGCCAGCAAGGUCUAACGGAUGGGCCGCAGUUGUUCUCCGGGCGAAUCGUCUUCAUCUUCCUUUUCAUCUGGGGCCUGCUUUUGUAUCAGUUUUACUCAGCCAGUAUCGUGGGUUCCUUGCUCGCUCAGCACCCUAGGUAUAUAAACACCCUAAAGGACCUCCUGGACAGCGAUCUGCGUGUAGGAAUCGAGGAUAUCGCCUACAACUACGAUUUUUUUGCGACGACCACUGAUCCAGUGGCGCUGCAGCUCUACAAGAAAAAAGUAGCACCCUCCAGGAAGCGGAAGCAGCCCGCGUAUUACAGCCCUCGCGAUGGUCUUAGCCUCGUACAAAAGGGCGGUUUUGCUUUUCACGUCGACGUUGCCACCGCCUACAAGAUAAUCACGGACACUUUUGCCGAGGACGAAAUAUGCGAUCUCGUAGAAAUCCAAUUGUUUCCUCCGAAACAUACGGCUACGGUUACGAGUAAACAUUCACCGUUUAAAAAAAUGGUCACUUACGGGUCAGUGAGGCGUCUUACUUGUCGAAUAUACCUCCAAGCCACAAAAGUCUCUGCGAUUAUUCUUUUUUUUUUCUCACACAGGAUGCGGAAAAUCAUCGAACGAGGGAUGGCCGAACGUCUGCGGCACGUUUGGCACUACCGGAAGCCGAUUUGUCCAGAGAGUCACAGUGCAAUCCCGGUUCCUGUAUCCCUCGAGGAAUUCUCACCAGCUUUAUUUUUGCUCUCGAUGGGUAUGACGCUGGCUGGCACUCUUAUAUACCUCGAGAAAUACGCCAAGCGACGAACCGCUUUGAAAAAGAAACAGAACUUCCUCGUGACAUGUUAACAUUUUCAUCGCCGUUCGCUUGUACUUACUCUAGGGUGCAAAAUACUGUUCGACGGUAGUGCAAGUUUUUCAUUUCUUAUACGAUUCCCGUAGAGCAUGGUUUCUAGCUGUAUAAACUGUUGAACGAACCAAAAAUUAUACUUGUACAGCAGAUGACUGUAAAGAAUAUAAAAGUUGUCGGUUAACCGUAAA